GCCUUCGUCAUUCCUGCACAGGAGUUCUUCCAGGGAGGUAAGGAGUUCUUCCAGGGAGGUAAGGAGUUCUUCCAGGGAGGCUCGGCGCAAUAAUGUUCACGAACGGCGGAGGAUCGGCUACUAACAAGACGGUAUUGGACCGCUACCUGAGGCUUGAUAUUCCGGACCAGAAAUGUCAGGCCAUGUAUAUCUGGAUCGACGGGACGGGAGAGAACCUGCGUUCCAAAUCCAGGACCUUGAACUUCACGCCCAAAAGUGCAAGUGAAUUACCAAUAUGGAACUUCGACGGGUCCUCAACGGGCCAAGCAGAGGGAAGCAACAGUGACGUUUACCUCCACCCGGUGGCUAUGUACCGCGACCCCUUCAGAUUAGGCAACAACAAGCUGGUCCUUUGCGAGACCUACAAGCACGACAAAACCCCGAACGACACGAACCACCGCUGGCGAUGCCUGGAGGUCAUGCAGAAAGCAGCCGACCAGCACCCCUGGUUUGGCAUGGAGCAAGAGUACACCCUUCUGGACGUCGACAACCACCCUCUGGGAUGGCCCAAGAAUGGCUACCCAGGCCCGCAAGGACCUUACUACUGUGGCGUCGGAGCCAGCAAAGUAUACGGUCGCGACGUCGUCGAAGCUCACUACAGAGCCUGCCUCUACACGGGCAUCAACAUCUCGGGAGAGAACGCCGAGGUCAUGCCCGCCCAGUGGGAAUUCCAGGUCGGUCCCUGCGAGGGCAUCACGAUGGGCGAUGACCUCUGGAUGGCUCGGUACCUCCUGCACAGGGUAGCCGAGGACUUCAACGUAGUUGUCACUCUGGAUCCCAAGCCCAUUCCAGGAGACUGGAACGGGGCUGGAAUGCACACGAACUUCUCGACGCAGAAGAUGCGCGAGCCGAACGGUAUAGACGAGAUCGAGAGAGGUAUCGAGAAGCUCUCCAAAGUGCACACGCAACACAUCAUCGCCUACGACCCCCACGGAGGCAAGGACAACGAGAGGCGUCUGACUGGACUCCACGAAACCUCGUCCAUCCACGACUUUUCGGCGGGUGUUGCCAACAGGGGAGCCUCCAUUCGCAUCCCCAGGGGCGUGUCCGAAGAGAAAUCUGGGUAUCUAGAAGAUCGAAGGCCUUCCUCGAACGCUGAUCCUUAUUUGGUUUCAGAGAGGCUGGUUAGGACCAUCUGCCUUAAUGAGUUCAACUAGUCACGUAGGGAAAGCUUACGAUUAAAUUAAAUCUAAAUAACAAUAAACACAAAUCCUGUAUUUUUAUAAGUCUAUAUUACAGUAUUUUAAAGUGCUAGACUCAUCUUAUAUAUUGUUGAAAUUUCUAAUAAUAUUUCAGUCCCACUAAAAGUGGAUUAUUAUUAAACAUUUAUUACUAACAUGUACAAAAUGGAGAAUAGAAUAUAA